AUGGAGGAACUAGGUAUAGAACAGCCAGUGGUCUCUGCUCACGCUCUUCCAAGGUCCAAGCCAGAUUGGGCCCACAUGACCGACGAUAACUUGGAUGUGUACUUGAAGCUAAAGAAGUUGGAGAAAGAGUUGGACUUAUUGUUGUUACAGGAGGAUUACAUUAAGGACGAACAGCGCCACUUGAAGAGAGAGCUUGUACGUGCUCAAGAAGAAGUCAAGAGAAUCAGAUCGGUUCCUUUGGUUAUUGGCCAGUUCUUGGAGCCAAUCGAUGAAAACACAGGUAUCGUUUCCAGUACGACAGGAUCCAACUACGUUGUUAGGAUUCUUUCUACUUUGGAUAGAGAAUUAUUGAAACCAUCUUCUUCGGUGGCUUUACACCGUCACUCCAAUGCCCUUGUGGACAUUUUACCUCCUGAAGCCGACUCGUCGAUCUCCAUUGUUGGCGACAACCAGAAACCCGACGUUACCUAUGCUGAUGUCGGUGGUUUGGACAUGCAGAAACAAGAAAUCAGAGAAGCUGUGGAAUUGCCCUUGACCCAGGGUGAUUUAUACUCCCAGAUCGGUAUUGACCCUCCAAGAGGUGUGUUGCUUUAUGGUCCUCCAGGUACCGGUAAGACCAUGUUGGUCAAGGCCGUGGCCAACUCCACAACUGCAUCUUUCAUCAGAAUCAACGGUUCUGAGUUCGUUCAAAAGUAUCUCGGUGAAGGUCCAAGAAUGGUCAGAGACGUUUUCCGUCUAGCUAGAGAGAACUCUCCAGCAAUCAUUUUCAUUGAUGAGAUUGAUGCUAUCGCCACCAAGAGAUUCGAUGCUCAGACCGGUGCUGAUCGUGAAGUUCAAAGAAUUUUAUUGGAGUUGUUGAACCAGAUGGAUGGUUUCGACCAGACAUCCAACGUGAAGGUCAUUAUGGCCACCAACAGAGCUGAUACCUUGGAUCCCGCAUUGUUGAGACCAGGUAGAUUGGACAGAAAGAUUGAGUUCCCAUCCUUGAAGGACAGAAGAGAAAGACGUUUGAUUUUCUCUACCGUUGCAUCUAAAAUGGCAUUGGCCCCAGAGGUUGACUUGGAUUCGUUGAUUGUACGUAACGACCCAUUGUCUGGUGCCGUUAUUGCUGCCAUUAUGCAAGAAGCCGGUUUACGAGCUGUUAGAAAGAACAGAUACAUGAUUCUACAGAGCGACUUGGAGGAGGCUUACACUGCACAGGUGAAGACCGGAACUGAGCACGACAAGUUCGAAUUCUACAAGUAA